AAUGAAGAUUUCUCAGAAUUGAAUGAAGCCUCAAUUGCAUAUAUUUAUUUGUAGGUGCAGAGUAGGUGCAUUAAUUGCUUCUUAUGGUCCUCGGACACUAGCCGCUUUGGGUAGCUCAUGGAAAAGUGGACCCGCCAUUCAAACUUCGGAUUUUUUUUAGUGUAGGUUUUUGAUGGUAUCGAGGUAGGGACCAUUAUCAAAUGACAACUUCUAGCAGCCUUGCUUCCCCCCGAACAUUACCCUCUCACAAUAGGCAGAGGAAUUUCUAGGCGUAUCAAAUUCACCGAUUUCUACUUGUUGAGAUAACCUACUAUAGACGUCACCAUGGGUGUAGCCAAGAAGACACGGAAAUUCGCCACUGUCAAACGCAUCAUCGGCCAGCGAGAUGCCCGCCUUAAAAAGAAUCAAGGCAAGGCUGAGGCCAAGAACCCUCAGAACCAAAAGACCGGUGGCCCUUCCAACGAUCAGGUCGUUCGGGAAAUACCACAGGCGCCAUCCAGUCUCUUCUUUCAACACAAUCAAGCUCUAAAACCGCCAUAUUCAGUUCUCGUGGAUACCAAUUUUUUGAGUCAUACGAUCCAACGUAAACUUCCUCUGCUAGAGUCGAUGAUGGAUUGUCUCUAUGCCAAAUGUAUCCCCAUUAUAACCUCCUGCGUGAUGGCCGAAUUAGAAAAGCUUGGUCCAAAAUACAGGAUGGCUUUACGAAUAGCGCGCGACGAAAGAUGGGAGCGUAUUGAAUGCGAUCAUAAAGGCACAUACGCAGAUGACUGCAUUGUAGACAGAUGCAUGAAACACCGCGUCUAUAUCGUCGCGACUAAUGAUAAAGACCUCGUUCGACGCAUUAGAAAGAUACCUGGUGUACCAAUCAUGAACGUGGCGCGAGGAAAAUACGUGAUCGAACGUCUCCCAGGAGCUCCUGAUCCGUGAAGAGAAUCAAGCAUACUGCGAAUUUAUUCGGCGUUUUGAAAUGGUUCUGAAUUUUUGUGGCAUAACAACGGCGUUAAGGAGGAAAAUAUGAACAUGGCCAUGCAUGAGUACACGUCUUUUCACCCUGUCGAGGGCUUUCGAUGAGAAGCUACCAUGUCUGUGAUCACAAUAGAGUAUUAGCUGCACUGGGUGGCCUAGUGCAGUUUAUAUAGAUGCUAUGCGUUUGUUUGCGGAGACUACAAGAUGACAAGUCGCGAUCUUUGUCCUGCUACCUAGACCACAGGAUGUUAAUCGGAAAGAGCUUAAUUCUGGUGCCGUGAAUAUCUCUGCCGGAACCUCAAGAUACGAAUACGAUCGACU